CUCUCUCUCUCUCUCUCUCUCUCUCUCUCUCUCUCUCUCGUCUUCUUCGCUUCUCUUCUACGAAACUAGACAAAUGCAGAAGAACUGAUUCUGCUUUCUUCUCGCAUUCUCUCAUUUAGGAGUGGGGCGUUGAUGUUCUGACGAUCUGGUUUUGGUAGAUCUGGGAAGGGUCAAGGUCUCUGGGGUCUACUUUUGAUUUUGUGAAUCUUGAAGUGAAGUGUAAUAAUAAAGAAGAUAUUAUGACAAGUGCACUUGGAUGGAGAUUUUCUUCCACUAAUGGGAAUGGCCUUGCCCCAAGCGAGACGGAGAGAAAUGGGGAUAUGAAGAUGCAUGAUUCAGAGCCCCCAACUCCACAUUCAACCACAAAGAUGAGUUUGAGAGACCGCACCACCAGCAUGGAAGAUCCAGACGGGACAUUAGCAAGUGUUGCCCAAUGCAUCGAGCAGCUGCGCCAAGGUUCAUCAUCUGCACAAGAAAGAGAAUACUGCCUGAAGCAGUUACUGGACCUUAUAGAAAUGCGUGAAAAUGCAUUCAGCGCUGUCGGAUCACACUCCCAAGCUGUGCCAGUACUUGUCUCUCUUCUACGAUCAGGAUCACUUGGAGUGAAGAUACAAGCUGCAACCGUUUUGGGUUCACUCUGCAAGGAGAACGAACUUAGAGUUAAAGUGUUACUUGGGGGAUUGUCUAACGAAAAUGAUGAAAGCAAGUGGGCCAUCACUGCUGCUGGAGGUAUACCUCCACUUGUUCAAAUUCUAGAGACUGGGUCGGCCAAAGCCAGGGAAGACUCUGCAACCAUCCUUAGGAACUUGUGCAAUCAUAGUGAAGAUAUACGUGCUUGUGUUGAAAGUGCUGAUGCUGUCCCUGCUCUCUUAUGGCUACUAAAGAAUGGUAGUGCAAACGGUAAAGAAAUAGCCGCCAAGACAUUGAAUCAUUUGAUUCAUAAAUCAGAUACUGCAACAAUCAGUCAGCUUACUGCUUUGCUUACCAGUGAUCUACCUGAGUCGAAAAUUUACGUUUUGGAUGCAUUGAAGAGUAUGCUUUCUGUGGUCCCAUUCAAUGACAUGUUACGUGAUGGCAGUGCUUCGAAUGAUGCUAUUGAGACCAUGAUCAAGUUAAUGAGCUCUGCAAAAGAAGAGACUCAAGCAAAUUCAGCCUCAGCUCUUGCAGCUAUCUUUCAGAUCAGAAAGGAUUUGCGUGAGAGCGCUCUAGCCCUCAAAACUCUCUUGUCUGCCAUAAAACUGCUGAAUGUGGAUUCGGAGAAGAUUCUUGUUGAGUCUUGCCGCUGUCUGGCUGCAAUUUUACUUUCAAUUAAGGAGAAUCGGGAUGUGGCCAUUUCUGCCAGAGAAGCAUUGCCUACUCUGGUUUCUCUUGCCAAUUCUUCCGUUCUAGAAGUUGCUGAGCAAGGAAUGUGCGCUUUGGCUAAUCUUAUAUUGGACAGUGAAGUGUCAGAGAAGGUCAUUGUCGAAGAUAUUAUUUUGUCAGCCACUAGAAUCCUACGUGAAGGCACAGUGUCUGGAAAGACACUUGCUGCUGCUGCAAUUGCCCGCCUGCUUAGUCGUCGCCGAAUUGAUUCUGCAUUGACAGAUUCUGUGAACCGUGCUGGAACAGUGCUUGCCUUAGUGUCUCUUCUUGAAUCUGCCGACGGAAGAUCUGACGCAAUAUCAGAAGCCCUAGAUGCGCUUGCUAUAUUCUCAAGAUCAGGAGGUAAUGGAAAUGUAAAACCAGCUUGGGUCGUUUUGACUGAAUCUCCUAACAGUAUGGCCCCAAUAGUCUCAUCUAUAGUGAGUGUUGCCAACCCUUCACUACAGGACAAAGCUAUUGAAGUAUUGUCAAGACUUUGCCGAGAUCAGCCUAUGGUUUUGGGAAACAUGGUCAACAAUGCCAGAGAUUGCGUGUCAUCUGUAGCUAAAAGGGUGAUAAAUACCAGGGACCCGAAAAUAAAAAUUGGUGGAGCUGCUAUUAUUAUUUGUGCUGCCAAAGUUAACGACGAGAAGAUGAUAGAAAAUUUGAAUGAGACACAAUUGUGUGCCAAAUUCGUUCAAGCACUUGUGCGGAUUCUAGAUUCAUCUCAGAUUUCUGUGCAAGAUCAGGAAAAGGAUGAGAAAGAUAGAAUCUGCAUAUGCAUUCAUCCCAAAGAAAAAGAAGAAGAUGAAGAAGAAGAGGCAACAGAAAAUAGGGAGGGUUCCACGGGAGCAACAGUUAUUUCUGGUGACAAUUUAGCCAUCUGGUUGCUCUCGGUUCUUUCUUGUCAUGAUGAAAAGAGCAGAGCAGUAAUAUUGGAGUCGGAAGGCAUCGAGUUGAUUACUGACAGGAUAGGCAACCGUUUUCUCCAGGCUGAUAAUGGACAAGACGCCAACAUUUGGGUUUGUGCAUUAUUACUAGCCAUACUUUUCCAGGACAGAGAAAUCACCCGCUCACAUGCAACAAUGAAGGCUGUUCCAGUGCUCUCAAAUCUUGUGAAGUCAGAGGAAUACGCAGACAGAUAUUUUGCAGCACAAGCUCUAGCUAGUCUUGUCUGUAACGGUAGUCGGGGAACUCUUCUAUCUGUUGCAAACUCUGGUGCUGCGGCUGGGUUUAUAUCAUUGCUUGGUUGUUCUGAUGAUGACAUAAAAGAACUUCUACAGCUAUCGCAGGAGUUCGAUUUAGUGCGGUACCCAGACCAGGUUGCCCUUGAAAGACUUUUCCGAGUUGAAGAUAUUAGAGUUGGGGCUACUUCUCGAAAAGCAAUUCCCUUACUAGUUGAACUUCUUAAACCAAUUCCAGACCGCCCCGGUGCUCCUCUUCUUGCACUUAAUCUUCUAACUCAGCUUGCCGGAGACUGUCCACAAAAUAUGAUUGUCAUGGUAGAGUCAGGUGCUCUUGAGGGCCUCUCGAAAUAUCUUUCCCUUGGACCUCAGGACGAGCAAGAGGAAGCUGCAACAGUUCUUUUAGGCAUCUUAUUUAGCAGUGCUGAAAUUCGAAGGCAUGACUCAGCAUUUGGUGCCGUCAGCCAACUUGUAGCAGUUUUGCGUCUAGGUGGAAGAGGAGCUAGGUACAGUGCUGCCAAGGCAUUGGAUAGUCUCUUUACCGCUGAUCAUAUAAGAAAUGCAGAGUCUUCUAGACAAGCUGUUCAGCCAUUGGUAGAGAUUCUCAACACUGGUUCAGAGAGGGAGCAGCAUGCUGCUAUUGCUGCACUUGUUAGGUUGUUGAGUGAUAAUCCAUCACGGGCUUUGGCAGUUGCAGAUGUGGAGAUGAAUGCGGUAGAUGUUCUCUGCAGGAUCCUUUCUUCAAACUAUACGAUGGAACUGAAGGGGGAUGCUGCGGAGCUGUGCUAUGUUCUGUUUGCAAAUACAAGGAUUAGGUCUACAGUUGCUGCAGCGCGUUGUGUUGAGCCACUUGUCUCUCUUCUUAUGACUGAGUUCAGCCCUGCUCAGCAUUCAGUUGUACGUGCACUGGAUAAGCUUGUCGAUGAUGAACAACUGGCUGAACUAGUUGCAGCUCAUGGUGCUGUGGUUCCUCUUGUUGGCCUUCUCUAUGGUAAAAACUAUGUGCUUCAUGAGGCGAUAUCCAGGGCUCUAGUAAAGUUAGGUAAGGACAGGCCUGCUUGUAAACUGGAAAUGGUGAAAGCUGGAGUUAUCGACUGCGUACUUGAUAUUCUCCACGAAGCUCCAGAUUUUCUUUGUGCUGCGUUUUCGGAACUGCUUCGCAUCCUCACAAAUAAUGCUACGAUUGCCAAGGGACAAUCUGCUGCGAAAGUGGUGGAGCCACUUUUCAAUUUGCUGACAAGGUUGGAGUUUGGAGCUGAUGGACAGCACAGUGCUCUGCAAGUUUUGGUCAAUAUCUUAGAACAUCCACAAUGCCGAGCUGAUUAUACACUUACACCGCACCAAGUGAUUGAGCCGCUAAUUCCGCUGCUGGAAUCUCCAUCCCCAGCAGUACAACAGUUGGCAGCUGAGCUUCUGUCUCAUCUUCUCUACGAGGAGCAUCUGCAGAAGGAUCCAUUAACACAACUUGCGAUCGGACCUCUAAUCCAUGUGCUGGGAUCCGGCAUACACUUAUUACAGCAAAGAGCUGUGAAAGCUCUCCUUAGCAUUGCUCUAACUUGGCCAAAUGAAAUAGCUAAAGAAAGGGGUGUGAGUGAGCUGUCAAAGGUGAUACUGCAAGCAGAUCCAUCACUUUCCAAUGUGUUAUGGGAGUCUGCAGCAUCAAUUUUGGUUAUCAUCUUGCAAUUUAGCUCCGAAUUUUACCUGGAAGUUCCUGUCGCUGUUCUUGUAAGACUGCUUCGUUCUGCUUCUGAAAACACCGUGGUUGGUGCACUUAACGCUCUUCUAGUGUUGGAAAGUGAUGAUGGAACCAGCGCAGAGUCCAUGGCUGAAAGCGGUGCCAUCGAAGCUCUUCUUGAUCUUUUAAGGUCUCAUCAGUGUGAGGACACAGCAGCGAGACUGCUUGAGGUACUUCUCAACAACGUGAAGAUAAGAGAUUCAAAAGCCACCAAGACUGCAAUCUUACCCUUGUCCCAGUACCUCUUGGAUCCACAGACCCAAGCCCAGCAAGCGCGUUUAUUGGCAACUUUGGCCCUCGGUGAUCUUUUCCAGAAUGAAGCACUCGCUAGAAGCACUGACGCAGCUUCUGCUUGCCGUGCUUUAGUUAAUGUCCUCGAAGAACAACCCACUGAAGAAAUGAAAGUAGUUGCUAUAUGUGCCCUGCAAAACCUUGUCAUGUAUAGCCGGUCUAACAAAAGAGCAGUUGCCGAGGCAGGUGGUGUGCAGGUUGUCUUGGAUCUGAUCAGUUCCAGUGAUCCUGAAACAUCUGUUCAGGCUGCAAUGUUCGUAAAAAUACUUUUCUCUAAUCACACCGUCCAAGAGUAUGCAUCUAGCGAGACUGUUCGAGCAAUAACUGCUGCUAUUGAGAAGGACUUAUGGGCCACUGGAACUGUGAAUGAUGAGUAUCUAAAAGCUUUAAACUCUUUGUUUAACAACUUCCCACGCCUAAGGGCCACUGAGCCUGCAACACUAAGUAUACCACAUUUAGUUACAUCCCUGAAGACAGGAUCAGAGGCAACUCAAGAAGCUGCCUUGGAUGCGUUGUUUCUUCUCAGACAAGCUUGGUCAGCCUGUCCGGCCGAAGUUUCCAGGGCCCAGUCAGUUGCUGCUGCAGACGCCAUCCCCUUACUUCAGUACCUAAUCCAAUCAGGUCCACCGCGGUUCCAGGAGAAAGCUGAAUUCCUCUUGCAGUGUUUGCCAGGUACGCUGGUGGUCACUAUCAAGCGCGGUAACAACAUGAAACAAUCCGUUGGUAACCCGAGCGUGUUCUGCAAGAUCACGCUCGGUAACAAUCCUCCUAGACAAACCAAGGUGAUAUCUACAGGUCCUAACCCAGAGUGGGACGAGAGUUUCUCAUGGUCAUUUGAAAGCCCUCCCAAAGGUCAAAAACUCCACAUAUCAUGCAAGAACAAGAGCAAAAUGGGAAAGAGUUCCUUUGGAAAAGUAACGAUCCAAAUCGACAGGGUGGUGAUGCUGGGAGCAGUUGCAGGUGAAUACAGUUUGUUACCUGAAAGUAAAAGUGGUCCCAGAAAUCUUGAGAUAGAAUUCCAGUGGUCUAACAAGUAAACCACAUCUUCAUCUUUUGUGUUUUUUUAUUUUGGUUUUGGAGAUUUCUUCAAUCGAAACUUCUGUUUUUUCUUUUUUUUUUGGGUGCCAAAUUUUCAAAAAUUGUUUGAUUAAUUAUAAUGAUACUGUAUAUAGUUUGUCUUGUAAUGUAAUGAUUACAGAUGGGGGUUUUUCUUUUUUUUCUUUAUCUUCUUCUUAACUGUGUGUUAGUGAUUCAAUUCAUUUGUAACAUUUUGUUGUCCUCAUUUGUAUUUUGUGUAGUUUCAUUUAGUCA